AUGGGCUCCCCCGAUUUCGCAGCAGCUUCUUCGCCUCACCAUUCUUCUCAUUAUGAUGAUGGGAAAACAGCAUAUGCUGCCCCCAUUACAUAUCAAAAUGAAGAUCUUGACAUCGAUGAAGCGUCCAGGAAGAAUUUGGAAAGGAGGUUGGUGAGGAAGGUGGACUGGAGGUUAUGUACGAUCGCUGGAAUAUUGUGUAGCUUGAAUCUGAUGGAUUCGGGAAUCAUUAGUUCGGCCAGUGUCGCAGAUGAUUUCUUUGCGGAUUUAGGUUUGGGAGUUGGGAAUAGAUAUUCUGUAUCAAUCUUAGUGUACACAGUGGCAAGUGUAGCAUUUCAGUUGCCAGCUACACUGUGUGUGAGGAUGUGUGGACCAAGAUUCGUAUUCUCAUUGAUUACGAUUGGCUUUGGCAUUAUAACAUUGUGUACGGCUUUCAUCAAUACCUGGCAACAGAUGGUAGCCCUUCGUCUACUCCUGGGAAUUGCUCAAUCUGCUAUCUUUCCAGGACUGAGCUACCUUAUUUCAACUUGGUAUACCAGAAAAGAACAACAACUUCGUUUCGCUUUUUUGCAGACGGGCGAAGUUAUUGUUGUUGGUCUGGGAAUUUUCCUUAACUAUGGUGUGAACCAUUUGAAUGGUAAAGGGAGCUUGGCCGGUUGGAGGUGGAUGUUUCUAGUGCAAGGUUUGCUUGCUAUAGUUGUGGGAUGCGUAACCUAUUUCUGGAUGGUGGAUUUCCCAGAAAAUGCUCAUAAAAGUUUUCGUUUCUUGACGGCCGAAGAGCAAAAUCUGGCACUGACAAGAAUUUCUGAUGAUAGAGGCGACGUGAAGGCCGAGGAGUUCUCGUUCGGAGAAUGUAUUGUCCAUUUUCUAGACCCAAAGAUCUACGGUUUCUGUGCUUUGCUUUUUUGCUUGAACUUGGUAUCGACAAGCAUGUCUUACUUUUUACCCAUCAUUCUGAAAACUGGAAUGGGAUUUUCCGAGGACAGUUCCAUCAUGUUAUCAGCACCACCGUAUUUCUAUGCUGUGAUUCCCGUCAUUAUCUCCUCGAUAGUUGGUGAUCGUUAUCAACUUCGAGGCUUAGUCAUAAUUUUCAAUUCCAUCUGUACCAUUGUGGGGUUCUGCAUGUUGGGAUUCGCUAGUCAAGACACAGUUCGAUAUAUUGGAACGUAUUUGGCGACAGGAGGUUAUGUGUCAAACUGGGCAGCAAUGAAUGCAUACCAAUCAUCCAAUAUUGUCGGACAGUGGAAAAGAGCAACCUUUGCGGCUGCCGGAACUGCCUGUAAUGGGUUAGGAGGAAUUGCCGGGGCAUUCAUUAUCAAGUAUAAUGAGGCGCCUCGAUAUCUGACAGCAAUUUGGCUGGUGGAUGCAGCUCAACCACGUCUUUGUAUCUCGAUGUCUGGUGAACUGACCACUUCGCAGGACGAUAACAACUUCGAAACCGAGCAGGAGGAGUAUUCCCCUCAUAGCAACCUCACAGACGAAUUAUACAAGAUGGGUUUCCUGGGUGUUUAUACCGCAGUAUAUGAUUACGUUCCGGCAGGCGAGGGAGAACUUACUAUCAACGAAGGUGAUAUCCUCUACGUGCUAGAGAAGAGCACAGAAGACGACUGGUGGAAAGCAAAAAAGAAGGCCUCUGCAGACGAUGAGGAUGAACCCGUGGGAUUAAUCCCAAAUAACUACAUCCAGGAGGCAGUACCAUCUAGCAAAGCUAGAGCUCUCUACGACUACACAAGACAGACAGACGAGGAGCUAUCAUUCACGGAAGAUGCACAACUCGAGGUUUUCGACACAUCAGAUCCGGACUGGAUCUUGGUCGGCUUUGAGGGAGAGUAUGGUUUUGUACCUGCAAAUUAUAUCGAAUUAUCUGAGAACCUAGAAGAGCCCAAAGAAGCACCUGCUCCAAGUCUUCCAAGCCGACCAAGACCACCACCACCAGUUGCAGUAGAAGAAGAAGCACCGGAGGCGCCCGAGUCUCCUCUAUCACCUCAGUCCCCCGAAUCCCCAGUAGUUGCGACCCCGGCCACUGCAAUUGCAGGUAUAUUAAAUCAGCAACAACAGAGGAAAUCGUCCGCUCCAGUAGCUCGAGCCCCACCAGAAUUCACCCCCGAAGCCUCCGAUGAAGAACCACCCACACCUACAUUACCUGCGAGACCAGUAUCGCAAGUAUCUGUACCGCAGCCUAGUCGAGAACGGGAUCGAGAGUCUACCCGGCAUUACUCCCCAAGGCUUCCUGCAUCUCCCACUGGUGUUGCCGCAUCCCCUCCUUAUAAUAGAGUAUCUUUCGCUACAAUGGGCGUAGACGCCCCAGAUGAGCCUAGAGCGAGUCGUGCACCAGGUGGGUUUCACAUGUAUAACAUCAGCGAGAUGGUGCAUGUAAUGGGUAAAAAGAAGAAAAUGCCUACAACUCUAGGUAUCAAUAUCGCUACAGGUACAAUUUUGAUCGCCCCGGAGCAAGCCCGAGAUGGACCAGAACAAACUUGGACAGCGGAGAAAAUGACGCAUUAUUCAUUGGAAGGCAAGCAUGUUUUCAUGGAACUAGUACGCCCUACCAAGAGUAUUGAUUUCCACGCCGGGGCUAAAGACACCGCGACGGAAAUUGUGAGUGCAUUGGGAGAACUUGCGGGCGCUGUUCGAGCAGAAGGAUUAAGAGAGGUUAUUGCAGCAGGAUCUGGAUCUGGCCAGAAGAGAGGACAAGUUCUCUACGAUUUUGUGGCACAGGGAGAGGAUGAAGUAGAUGUGAAUGUUGGGGAUGAAGUCGUUAUAAUUGACGAUGUCAAAAGUGAGGAAUGGUGGAUGGUACGGCGGGUCAAGAAUGCGAAAGAAGGAGUUGUUCCAAGUAGUUACAUCGAAGUUGUUGGUACAGUGCAGCCACAAAGUUCGGCUGGAAUAAACGCGGGGCGAUCAACCGUUGAACAAAAUCGACUUGAGGAAGCGCGAUUAGCAAGGGAGGCUCUGAAGACAGCGAAGAGAGACGAGGUUGAGGUAGGCCCUGGAAUGCGACUACCCGAACGAGGUAGCAGUCUUUAUGCUCGUGACAAUGGUAACCAAUCUGGGCAACAGAAGAGACGAGAAAAUGGCCGAGAAAGUAGCUCUUCGAAAUCUUCGAAAUCCAAACCUGAUCCUGCCAAAGUAAGAACCUGGACGGACCGCUCGAAGUCCUUCAGUGUUGAGGCACAAUUUCUAGCGCUGAAAGACGGUAAGAUAAAUCUUCACAAAAUGAACGGCGUGAAAAUUGCUGUCCCAGUUGUCAAAAUGUCAGUUGAAGAUCUGGAAUAUGUUGAACGAAUGACCGGUAUUUCCUUGGAUGAAGAUAAGCCGUUAUCAGACAUUAAAAAGCAGCAAAAGUCACGAGCAGCCGAAAGACAGCCAAGCAAUGGUGCAAGUGUCGGCGCAAGCAUUGAACGUCCAGAGUAUGACUGGUUCCAAUUCUUCCUCUCCUGCGACGUUGCUGUGGGUCUUUGUGAGAGAUAUGCACAGGCAUUCAAGCGAGAUUCUAUGGAUGAGAGUGUUUUGCCUGAUAUUGAUGCCACUGUACUUCGGAACCUUGGAAUUCGCGAGGGGGAUAUCAUCAAGAUAAUAAGAUUCAUAGACAAGAAAUACAUGCGGAAAGAUGGGAAGCGAAACGUCAGCCUUGGUGACGAUGAGGGUGAAGCUGGUCUCUUUUCUGGACCCGGUGGUACAUUGAAAAAUAAUACUCGAAAAGGUCGCCCCGCUCCUGCUGUACAAACUAAUGAUGUGGUGGAUGCACAUGCUUUUUCGCAGAACGGUUCCGACAAGUCAUCCCCUCAAGGUGUUGCCACACCCCUCGCAACUGCUCCAACUCCAGCAGGAAAGGACGUCAAGCGAGGAGGGUUCGAUGAUGAUGCAUGGGAUGUUAAGCCAUCUAAACAAGAAGCCACAAGCAGUGCACCCGUCGAGUCUACACCGGCUCCCGCUCCACAGCAGCCAGCUAUCACUGGCUCGAUGCAAGAACUUUCCCUGUUGUCCACUCCUCUCGAACCAGUAAAAGCACAGCCGACUGCUCAAGCAACACCGCAACCCCAAGGCCCACCUGCCGUCACUCCUUCAAUAUUUGCUGGAAUUGGAAAUCAACAAACUGGGCUCCCUCAACAGCAACCUGCUCCUUCUGGGCCUUUGUUCCCAGCAAACUUAGCGCGUCAACGUCCUGGACCCCCUCAAAUGGGUGCAAACACGACUCUAAUACCACCACUUCCUCCUUCGCGACCUUUAUCAGCUCCUCAAGCUGCGACCGCUUACGCCCCACCUCCACUUCAAGCUCAAGCUACUGGGUAUGGAGCCUUCCAACCUCAAAUUGCUCCUCCUGGACAAAGUCUGCAUGACCUCAAUCAACAACGUAUGCAACAGCAGCAACAGCAACAGCAAAUGCAACAACAACAACAGUUUAUGCAACAGCAAACUGGCAUGAUGCAACAGCCUACCGGAUUUAAUCAAUUCAAUCCUGGCGCACCCAACAACUUUCAACAAUUUCCCAUGCAAACGGGCGCUCCUCAGCAAUUCAUACCGAAUCAAACAGGUACACCAUUUUCAAACCCUCCAGUCCAGCCAUUCCAGCCACAACCACUUCAACCUCAAGUUACAGGCUUCCAGAGUGCAUUCCCUACUGGACAACAAUUCCCUCAACCUACCGGUGUAAACUCAUUCUUGCCUCCUGCCAUGCAGCCUCAGCAAACAGGCAUGAUGAAUGGAACAACCAGUUUUGGUGGCCAGAAUUUCCCUGCGCCACCAGCUCCACCUGCGCCACAGCAACAUCCAUCCCCCUUAAUCCCUCAAGCGACUGGGCCAGCACCACCAGUUCGUUUCGGACUUAAUGGCACUAAUAACAUCGCGCCACAACCCACUGGCAGACGCGCGAACCUCUCACAAGCCACUCCUCAAAAUCCAUUUGGAUUCUGA